AUGUUUUUUUGGUUUAUGUGCUGUCUUGUGGAUAUGUGGCUGAUUUCUGCCUCAGAUGAGAUCUGUCCAGAACUCCCCCCAGUGGACAAUAGCAUAUUUAUUGCAAAGGAGGGGGAAGGACAAAUUCUGGGGACUUACUUAUGUAACAAUGGCUACCACCUGGUAGGAGAGAAAACCCUUUUUUGUAAUGCAUCUAAGGGAUGGAAUGCCCCCGCUCCCGAGUGCCGCUUGGGCCACUGUCCUGACCCUUUGCUGGUGAAUGGUGAGUUUAGUUCCUUGGAGCCUGUGAAUGUGAAUGACACUGUCACGUUUAAGUGCAAUGAGCAUUACAUCCUCAAGGGCAGCAAUUGGAGCCGUUGCCUAGAGAACCACACUUGGGUGCCUCCCUUUCCUGUCUGCAAAAGCAGAGACUGUGGCCCUCCUGAGAAUCCAACUCAUGGCUAUUUUGAAGGAAUAGAUUUCAACUCGGGAUCUUCCAUUACUUAUUACUGUGAAGCGAGGUACUUCCUGGUGGGCACACAGCACCAACAGUGCAUUGAUGGGGAGUGGAGCAGUACCCUUCCAGUCUGUGAGUUGAUCCAAGAAGCUCCCAAACCAGCUGAGUUGGAGUUGGAGAAGGCACUGCUUGCCUUUCAGGAGAGUGAGGAACUUUGCCAAGCCAUAGAGAACUUUACACAAAGAUUAAAGAAAAGUGGCUUAAUGAUGGAGAAAGUAAAAUGUUCUCUGGAAACAAGGAAAGCCGAUUUGAAGACAAAAAUGUUGCCCUGA